AGUUCAUCAGUUCAUCAGGGGGCACGACUUUGGCGUUGGACUGUUCACACUGUUUUCGUAGGCUUCUACACUCGAACUUUCUUGUACAGUGCCAGUAUUUCUGCCCAUCUGCCAAAAUGUCUUCAUUAGUAUCCCGCUCGUUUUUGCAAAGAAUUGCCCCGGCAGCUCGAUCCGCCCGCCUCAGCACACCUUUCUCCAAGUCUGUCUUUGCAUCAGCUACGCGACAACAUGGAUAUGCCACGGAUGCCACUGCUGAUCAGCAACCUCGACUUCGACUCGGUGUCACGGCUCCCAACUUCCAGGCCAAAACGACCCAAGGAGACAUGGACUUCCACAAAUACAUUGACAAGUCAUGGGCCAUCCUCUUCAGCCACCCGGCCGACUUCACCCCUGUAUGCACCACGGAACUAGGUGCCUUUGCACGAUUGAAGGACGAGUUUGAAUCACGUGGUGUUAAGAUGAUUGGUCUCAGUGCUAAUGACCUCUCGAGCCACGAUCGGUGGAUUCAGGAUAUCAAUGACAUCUCCAAGACCAACUUACAGUUCCCCAUCAUCGCCGACGCAGAUCGCAAGGUGGCGUUCCUUUAUGAUAUGGUUGACGCACAGGACUUGACCAACAUCGAUGAGAAGGGAAUUGCGUUCACCAUUCGCAGCGUCUUCAUCAUCGACCCGGCCAAAAAGAUUAGAUUGAUCAUGCUGUACCCGGCCUCGACUGGACGAAACACUGCCGAGGUGUUGCGGGUCAUCGACAGUCUCCAAACUGGGGACAAGAAAGGAGUCACCACUCCAAUCGAUUGGACUGUGGGUGAAGAUGUCAUUGUGCCUCCCACAGUAUCUACCGAAGAUGCAAAGAAGAAGUUCACCGAUGUCAAUGAGGUCAGGCCUUAUCUAAGAUUCACCAGCGGAAACUUGAAAUGAGAGAAGAUCUAGGCCAAGGACAGCUUUCAAAUGGCCCUUUUAUGAGACAUAGAACUUGACAGACUACUAGACACGGUAGGGGAUCAGCACAUGGGUCUCGACAACUCAGCCAGCACAGCGACCUCUAGAAUUCAACUUGGGAGCAAGUGAUACAGUCAUGUUAUUACCCAAGCCAUUAAUCGAGAUUUAAGA